ACCACAGUAUUAUCGGAUUCCCUGAACAAUACGAUUACAAAUAUGACAAACGGAGAACUGGAAGGAAUGGCCCAAUGUUUGGAGACUCGCCGACAAUCGGUCAGACAAUGUAUGACCGAUUGGGCGCACAAUUGGCCCCAAAAGAGAGCUGAGGGCAGACCAAUGGUGCGAAUAGUGAAUGUAAUAUGGGAAUGGCAUAAAUUGUUGGACAUAUACCGGGACACCGGCGCUGUCCGCAUGUGCACUGCCAUCAAUUAUGGAUCCAAUUUCUAA